ACAGCAGUGAGGAGAGACGCUGAUAGAGGAGCACAAACUCGAGUAAAAGGGGGUUGAACCGAGGACGUGUGGUUUCUUGGAAAAGUGGCAUCUGUGUGAGGAAGGCGAUUCUUGUGCUGGUCAUCAGUCGCUCUGGACUUCAUACAACCACCGACUCUGUCGCUCUGUUAAUCGGGAUUCUUACCUGCUCACCAAGUUCCUAAAACCAUGAGGACAAACGUAUGGAUUUACCACGCUCUGGUGUGUGUUGUGGUCACUAUAUUGGACACAGGUUCCUGUAGAAGGACUCAUCAGUCAUUACAGAGGUAUGAGAAGACUGAGAACCACAUGCUGGUUUGCACAGACUGUCCUCAGCCCCCUUUGAUACGAAGCAGCCGAUCGCAGGAGCACUGCGCCCGCAAGUGCAAGAAGGUCAAGAAAAACUUCAACUGCAGGGCUUUCAACUUUCAGAGGCACAACAGGAAAUGCCACUUGCUUCCCUUUGACCGUUUUACCCACGGUGUGAAGAAAGAGGCCAACGUCAACUUCACUUUGUAUGAAAAAAAAGAUUAUAUAAGGGAGUGUAUCGUCGGCACCAAGGACAACUACAGAGGGAGGAGGUCUUGGACAAAGUCAAACAUCACUUGCCAAGCUUGGUCAGAUAAUAACAUCAAUGAACACACGUUUUAUCCUGAUAGGUACCCAAUGCAAGACCUGAGGGAGAACUUCUGUCGGAAUCCCAACAACGAUCCUGGUGGUCCUUGGUGCUACACCACUGACCCCAACGUACGAGCUGAGGAGUGUGGAUUACCACAGUGCUCAGAGGAAGUCUGUAUGUUGUGUAAUGGGGAGGAUUACCAGGGCAAAAUGGACCAUACAGAGAGCGGCAAGGAGUGCCAGCGAUGGGACUCAGCGAGGCCUCACAAACACAACUUCCAGCCCAAAAAGUAUCGGGACAAAGAUUUAAAAGACAACUACUGUCGUAACCCAGAUAAUCGACUCCGUCCCUGGUGCUACACCAUGGAUCCCAAAACUCCGUGGGAGUACUGCAACAUCACUGUGUGUGAGUCGGAGUCCAGUGAGGACACAGAUGUCAAUGUAACAACAUCCUGUGUCCAGGGAAGGGGCACAGAUUACAGAGGCACAAUGAAUGUCACUCCUGAGGGUGUGACAUGUCAGCGCUGGGACUCUCAGUUCCCCCAUAACCACUCAUUUCUUCCUCAGAACUUCAAAUGCAAUUUGUGUGUGUGUUACAGAGACCUCAGAGAGAACUACUGCCGUAACCCUGACGGUGCAGAUUACCCAUGGUGCUUCACUACAGACCCUAAUCAGAGGACAGCCAACUGCACCCACAUCCCCAGGUGUGAUGCUGAGGCCACACAGAAAAUAGAGUGUUACAAAGACAACGGAGAGACAUACCGGGGCAGUUUAUCAAUAACUCGUUCUGGGAUUCCCUGUGCAGACUGGUCACAUCACAUAAACAGUGGGGAUUCUCACUCUACAGUAUCCCAUGUAGGGCUGGAGAAGAACUACUGCCGGAACCCAGACCGGGACAAACAUGGCCCCUGGUGUUACACCAAUCCAAACAACCGCUUGGCCUGGGACUACUGCAAACUGAAACACUGUGAAUCAGCUACAGUGGCUCCUCAACCAAACACUGUAACCAGACCCAAGAUAUCAUGCUUCGUGCAUAUAAACACCAGAAUAGUUGGAGGACAUCAAGUGCGUGGUACAGAUGGCAGCUGGGUUGUAAGCAUCCAAAGAGAGAAGGCUCAUUUGUGUGGUGGCUCUUUGAUCAGAGAAGACUGGGUUUUGACAGACCAACAGUGCUUCACCUCCUGUGUUCCAGACCUCAGGGAUUACAGUGUGCAGGUCGGUCUGCGCCACCUCAAUGAGUCCUCAAGCCACCCGAGACUGCACAUCUCUCGUCUGAUUUGUGGCCCAGAAGGAUCCAACCUGGUUAUGCUGAAACUAGCAGAUCCUGCUCCUGUGUCUGAGGGUGCCUCCACUAUUCAUCUACCAGUGACAGACUGUCACAUCACCGAAGGCACCAACUGCACCAUGUAUGGAUGGGGGGAAACCAAAAAUACAGGAUAUGAUGAGGCGUUGAACACUGUGACCAUGCCUAUGGUCGACAAUGACAUGUGUUCACAAAUCAAAGGGGAUGCCGGGGAAAGCAGAAUAUGUGCUGGCGGCAAGAGAGGAGAGGGUGUGUGUGAUAAAGACAAUGGUGGUCCAUUGGUCUGUCAGGAACAUGAGCGCAAAGUAAUCAUCGGUGUGAGCAUCCAAAGGACAAAAUGUGCCUCAUCGCAGCCUGCACUUUUUGUUAAUGUUGCUUUCUACUCAGAGUGGAUAUAUAAGGUGUUCAAACUUUACCCCAGUUUGGAGAGGAACUAAAAAAAAAUGUGGUGUGAAAAUCAGCUCCGUACAGGACUGUACCACAGCCUGUGAGAGGAGGGGCAGCUUUGGGCCAGAAAAUUCCAAGACUUCUCCAGCAUGGAUCACGGGGGAGAAAUUCAGAAAAUCACCUUGCGGAAAGUGGCCAUUUUGGGAUUUUGUGGCUGAAUUUGUCAUUUUGCGGAGAGGACAGAGAUGAGUGAUUGAAGACUGGAUGUAAUGAAAUGGAAUCUCAUCCAUUCUUCUACUUUGCGAAUGAAGAUGUGCAGGUUGUUAGCCUUAAUAUGAUUUUUACAACCAAAGUCUCGGGCACAUGGACGGCAUACUAAGUGUAUUUUGACAUGUUCAGAGUUUCUGAAGCCAUGCAAACAAAGACAAUGAGAAUGACACCUGUGACUCAGUAUUAUCUCCUGGAAUAUACUUGAAUAUGGACAGAACCCAGAUCCCCAUUGGAUACCACUCAAGGUAGCCUUCUGUGACUGGGAUUUCUCUCUUUUUUUCCCUAAUGUGUUGAGCUGGACUGCAAAACAUGUCUUUUUACCUCCAACACAAGUGAUGUGGAUGAACAGAAAUGGUGUUCAGUAACGUCUACAAAUAUACCAGUUUGGUCAUAAGUUUUAGGAUACCUACAAAUAUCACAGAAACUAAAAAAUAUCCAACAAGUAAAUGUGGUUAUACCAAAAAGGAAGAAAAUUAGAACAUUAGAAAGUCAUUAUAAAUGCAGUAUUAGUCUGUAAAUCCAAACCCGUAAGUCCAGCAAAGGUUAAAAGUUGACUUCAGAUAUAUGAGUAGUCAAGCAUAUAGAAUACACUAUUGCUGCUUGAAAAGUUAAAUGCAGCAGUCUUGGCAAACCAUUCAGUGCUAAUUGUGUGCAGUAGCUGGACUACCUUUUCCCCAGUUAGCUGUAACUGUUAGUUUCCCCCGUGAGAGGGUCUAAGUAGGACUGAGCGAACUGCUCAAAAUCUUAUGCUAAUAUUUGAGGCAUGAGAGAGAGAAGAGCCAUGCCAAAUAUAACAUGGUUAUUUGGUCUCCAGUUUGGAGGGAACUGUGGCCCCUGGCGGGCUGUGUGUGGUCAGUAGGAUAUUUUAUACUUUUUUUUUAAUUUCAUGGAAAGUGACUCCGUAUGUACAUAACUGCAGAUUUAUUGAGAAUGUUUCUGCCGUGCUGUAAGAUUUUAUAGGUCUUAUAGAUCUGGAAUAUUUUUGGUUCACUUAGUAACAUCAGAAUGGCUUCUUCCUGCCUCUGAUUAUGUUUAAUAUUUAAAGAAACCAGUAGCUUGUAAGCAGUAUUUAGGUAUAUUUAUUUUUUUAAUUAGCAGAAGACAUUGCAGAUAAAUCCAAAUUUUGGUAUGAAACUUGUUUUUUGUUUCUUUUAUUCUGAGAGUAAUUAAAGACCACAUAAUGACUGGGUGCAUGUUUGACUCCCAGGUUAAAGCCACAGAAACAUAAAACAGCAUGCCCUGGACAGUCUGUGUUAUACAUCAAACUUAACUUUGUUUGUGUUUUUCUGCCCAAGGGUAAAAUUAUUUGAGCUAAAAUAAAACCAUCAAUAAGGAACAAACCACUACAGAUGUUAUGAAAUCAUUGGCUUGCUGUCGGCCACUUUUGAUCAAGUAAAUGAGCAUUGGUCUAUUAUUAAUAUGACUGAUGUUUCUUUAAAGGUGCUAUAUGUAGGUUUUUGCUAUCCCUACAUAGCCAUUGUUAGCAUUUACGCCUAUAUACUUAUCACUCCAGAUGAAAUGCUGCAAGAACAGCAUCAAACUUCUUGCGCCUAGUCACCAAGAGCUGUCUCCAGCAGUCAAAACCAACACCAAUGUUACCUGUUGUUUUGCUGCUCUUUCUAUCACUUUUCUUCUGCUGAAGUUAGCCAACCAGCUAGCCCUGGUAAUACCACCUUGCAAUAGUAAGUCACUGUAAUGUCCAGUUUGCCCUCAGCCCAACAUGAGAGGAUGGAGAGGCAGACUUACCCAGAGGGCUUAUUCUGACCUCCUGUCAUGUAAAUGUAAUGAUGGCUGAAGUCAACAGGUGUUGAUGCUAACACUGGCUAUAUAGUGAUAGCAAAUACUUACAUAUAGUAACUUUAAAGUCAGAUCAACACUUUCUGAUUAGGGAUAAGCUGUAGUGAGAUUCUCUGUUUACCAGAACGUUUGACUAGUCAAAACUUGAUUAUAGCCUUAAAUGCCCUAAAUGAUGCUCCAGUGUCCCAUUCAAUGACAGUUGUUAAUAGAGAAUUUAAGUGUGAAAUUCUAGUCUCAGCUCUAGGAUAACAAGAUGGUACAACCAAAUUCAGGAAUCUUCUAAUUGCAUUGCACAAGUUACAGCCAAGGCUGAAGUCUGUGAAGCAGUAAUUUAAAAGGAUGCAUCAUUAAAAGUGACUGAUUAAAUAGGUGAAACCAAAUACCAAAUAUUCUCACUUAUGUGGCAGAUCAUAUAACUGUGUUGUAAAUUGAUCAGUUCUCAUCAAUCUCAGUCAACCACACUCUUAUGGAGUUGUAACUGUUAUUUAAUUUACCUUUAUGUAAAUAGCCUUGUGCCUUCUGUAAAUUACAGUUUGUAAUUUUUGUAAAUAUCAUACUUAAGUAUUUUUACUUCAUGAUCAUUCUGUUUAUAUGUUUGUAUAAUGUAAACUAAAUAUAACAGCUGCUAUUUUGUGUUAGUGAAUCGUUUUAUAUCUAUGACCUUUUCUUUUUUAGCCUUUGUAUUAUUCCUAUUUUAAUAAACAACUUGACAUCA